AUGUCAAUUCGAUUCAAGUUCCGGAGCUCCGUCGACUACGACACGGUCGACAUCGACGGGCGGUCGUCCAUCUCGGUGGGCGAGUUGCGGUCGAAAAUCAUUCGGCAGAAAAACCUCAACAUCUGCCAAGAUUUUGACCUCAUCUUUUCCGACGCCGUUUCUGGUCAAGAAUAUGAUGACGAAAAAUUCCAAAUCCCAAGUGGUUCAAGUGUGAUCGUUAAGAGGAUUCCAGCACGUUCUCCUGGGGUGCCCAUUGAGGCUGCUGGGAGUUUCACGGUGAAGGGUUUACAUACGAAAUAUUCAGCUACGGACGAAGUGGGGAAGUUUGCUGACGUUGGUACUCAUUUGCAUCUUGUUCAAGCGAAAACACCUUGCUUGGAUCUGGACUAUGAAAAGAAGAUAUCUGGGGUUGAUGAUAAGGCAAAUGUUACUGGGCCAAGGCCUGAAGCUGCUAAGGUUCAGCCAGUUGAACAGACCAUACCAGCUCUUGGGAGUAAAGGGAAAACUGUUGACAAAGAAAGAGCUGAAGAGCAGCUGAAAUUGGAAAAGGAGGCCUUCUCUGUGCAAAAUUCGAGUUUGCCAUCUGAGUUCAAAUGUUCUCUCUGCAACACUUACUUCAAAGAUGCUGUCAUGAUACCAUGCUGCCAACACAGCUUUUGUGAAAAAUGCAUACGACAGGUUCUGGUUGAAAGAGCUAGGUGCCCUAAGUGUUUUUCGGCCAAAUGUAAUGUGGAAAAUUUGCUGCCAAAUUUAUCGCUGAGGCAUGCAGUUGAACAUUUUCUAGAAUCUCAAAAUCUUCAAGAUGCUGCAGAAAAUGAUUUCAACAAAUAUGCCCCUGAUGGAGAAUCUGGAAUUCAAGCUAAGGAGGUUUCAUGUACUGUAACUGUGAUUCAGAGAGAGCCAGAACUACCUCAUUCACCAACCGCAACUGGACAAGGAUCAAACGUAGUUUUGCCUGAGUCAUUCUAUAAUCCAGCUUUAAGGAGAAAUGUAUCAUUUGGCCCAUAUGACCAUAAUUUCAAAAAUUUAACUGCUGGAAGAGAAUCACUGGCUCCUAAAGUGCAGAAGGGUGAAAAUACUCUGCAUCAGAAUAAUGUUUGUGAUGAAGCUGAUUCGACGUGUAAUAGAAAGAGAGAAAUGUGGGUUGAUCCUGGAGGUGGAGAUGGAAGCUUUCUAGGUACCAGUAGACCACAUAAGGGAAAACGGACUUGUUAUAUGUGUGGUUCUCCUGAGCAUCUCAUCCGAGACUGUCCCCUUUCUUCAUGUCCUCAACCUAUGCUUCAAACAGUAGGACCUAAUGUAUUUCAAGGGGGAAUCAGCAGUUACGCCCCUCAGUACUGGCAUCACGCUGCAUACCCCUCUUUUAGGCCCUUCCGAGAUAUGUAUGGCAACCCUGCAAUGAUGCCCUUCAAUGCUCCCCUAGUUCCUACAUAUGGUGGUGCUCCUUAUGUUCCUAAUAUGUACGGGUUAGCUACUAGGGGACCUAUCAGACCAGAAAAUUUGCCACAACCUCGAGUAAGCAGUGCCGAACACCCUCCUCAUCCUGAUGUGGAGCUCCAUUAUGCUGAAAAGAAACGGAAGCUCCCCUAUGAAUUUCUGGGCAGAGGACAAAAUGGUGAUGAUGAAGAUAAUUAUCAUGAGCGCAAACAAUAUUGCGAACCUGACAAGUCGCAUGAGUAUAGAGUUUACAAAGACAGGGAGGCAAGUGGGGGUUAUCCAGAAGACAGGGUUGCACGUAAACAAUGCAAGAAAAAUCAUCUUGGCCAGCAUGGAAAUUCGGAUACAUACUCAUUUGAUGAUUUUCAUGAAAAGAGCUCUCGUUCCUCUAUUUCUGGAAAAGAUCGAAGGUCCUACCCCUCAGAACGAUCCGAUCUAGGUCUAGAGCAUACUAAUACUAAUAAGCAUCAUAGUAAAGAGUUGUCUAAACACCAACAUCUUAGUAGCUCGAAAAUACACCGUGAGAUUAGGCAGGCGUCUUGUAGUGAUUCUAGUCGGGGUCACCAUCAUAAAUCUACCAAAGAAGCUGAUGCUAGAUGUAGGGUUGAUUCGGAUAUUAGAGAUUCUCACAAGAAACAAUACCAUCACAUGGAGUCUCAUCGAGAACCAAGUGGUAAUGAUGACAAGAGAAGGUAUCAAAAAGAUAGAGAGUCAGAUGUAGAAGGUAGACAUUAUAGGCAUGAUUCGAAGCACAAGUUUUAUGAUGAUCGGAAGCAGACGGUAAGUUGUUCAGAUGAAGACCGUGAAGAAGAUUAUCGUCGCAGCAGGAAACAGAAGAGAGUUCACUAA